AUGGAGUGUGUGGCUGGACUCGCGGCGUUCGGCGCCAAGACCAGCUUUGACUACAACCGGGAUAACUUCCUGUAUGACAGAGACCUCCGGCUCACGAAGGACCGCUCAAGAUCCUGGAGUUCAAGAUGGCCCAGGCCCAGCUCUGGCGGGAGGACGUCCGUGACCUCGUGUCGCUCACCGAGAACAAGAUGCACCGCGGGCCUGCUGGUGAACGUGCUCAUGCUGGCCUCCACCGUGACGCUCUGGUGCGAGGGGCGCCUGCCCCCCGAGACGCCGGACUGGCUGAUGAUGGGCAGCUCCCUGUCCAUCACCGGCGCCUUCAUGUUUCUGCUGCUCUCCAUGUGGCUGGCUUGCUAUCGAGAGCAGUUCGCGGAAGAGACCUGA